UAAAGGGCCGUUGCUUAGCAACGCGUAAACUUUUCAAGAGCACAGAGAGAGACAUAACCAAACAAACCCACCUCCGACAAGCUACUUGACUUGUGACUUAGCUUCCAGAUUUAUCACGCCACAAGUGCCAUGUCCAAGACACAGCUGAAGAAAAAGGAUUCUACCUCCAGUAAAGUCUCUUUACCCGAACGACAGACGGAAGCAGCAUCCCUAGUAACCACUUCCACUGAGAGCUUAGGAGGUGUAUGGAGAUGCAGAUUUCCCAUUUGGCCCGAGUGGAACGAAGCAGAAGUCAAUAAGGAGAAAUGGGACUCAAACAAAGGACCUGAAGAUGGAAAGACGAGCAAGGCUCCCAAUGCUCCUUUUUUUGAAGACCCCGAGGGAAAAAUUUCCCUGCCUCCAUCUUUGAAAGUGCAUUCUUGGAAGCGUCCUACAGAGUUUAUUGCCAACAAGGGUCUCGCUGUUGUUGAAAAUCAAACGUCCUUUAACCUGAUCACCCCCAAUGAUCAUCUGAUUUGCAGUGAGCUGAUGAGAUGGAUCAUUAGUGAGAUCUAUAUUGUUUGGACACUGCAUAACUGCACGUCUACAGAACAAGAUGGUUGGAGACCUUGGGAGCACAUCUACUCGCUGUGUAAGGUGGCGAAAGGUCAUGUGCCACUCUUUAACAACUAUGGAAAAUACGUGGUCAAACUCUACUGGAUGGGUUGUUGGAGGAAGAUAACCGUAGAUGAUUCCAUGCCAUUUGAUGAAGAAAACAACCUGCUUCUCCCUGCCUCCACCUGUCAGUCAGAGCUGUGGCCAAUGUUGUUGGUUAAGGCUCUCAUUAAAGUGGCCAACACAAAUUGCCAAAACUACAACACAAGUGUAUUGCCAGAGGGCUGUGGGGAGAUGGGUGAGUUCACCUUUACUCACACACUCACCGGCUGGAUCCCAGAAAUUAGUCCAAUAAAGUCUUUAUACACGGGAAAAACCUGGGAUUUUUUACAAAACACUAUCCCCAUAUUUAAACACCCUGAUGAGAGUUUGCCAGAGACUGAGCCUCAGACUACAGAACCAGCUGCACAGAGAGAUUCCAGCUGUAACGACAGCGAGCGUGAGCUGCCAAAGCCGGAGAAAAAUCAAGAUACCCCCAAAAUAGUGGUGUGUGCCAGCUACUACCCUUUACAGCCACAUAACAGUUCCUUCGGAUUUGGACACAUGGGUAAUUCCUCAGAGUUUCUUCGCCAGUAUGGCCUCUCCUUGCUGUACAGCCACAUUGUCCUGUUGACCAGAACCCGGGCAUGCCAGCUGGAGGCACCACCUAUAUCUCCACCUGUGCCACGAUGGAAACUCAUCCGCCCACGCAAGGAGAUCACGGUCACCGACGAACCACGGAAGCUUCUUUUGUCAAAACCUGAGCAGUUCAUUGAGGUUGCCAGCCCUUUUCUCUCCUACCGUGUCAAGAGCAGCGUUGGCCCAAACCCAGAGCUGGAGGCCAAGAUGAGUGCUCAGAGGAUGCGUUCCUAUGGAUCCCCUCUGGUGUCCAUUGCUGAGAGAGAGGAGACUGAACGCAGAGAGGGCCUCGAGCUUGAUGCAGCUGAACUCACCACUAGCUCGCCAAGCAGCACAACAGACAAAAUAGAGGUUACGACAGAGGACAGGAAGAAGGACAACGCUGAUGUCUCUGAUGUUCGGCCCAAAACUGCAAUGAUGGAGCCCGAAACCUCAACUUCUGUCAUCAGACCCAUCCUGCAAGAGACCUGGAUGGACCUAGAUGACUUUGCUAAAUGCUUUCAGACUCUCUUGGUGUUUCAUAAACCACAAACCUACCUACAUCAUGUCCAGAAAUCUCAUUUUAAGAUCACCGUCUUGUCCAAAGCUGCAACAAGCACUAGCUGUACUGGGUCAUCUACACAUUCUCUUAGCACUGGAUCCCUCCCUGUGAUGUCUGCUGUAGCAAGUCCUGAAUGUCCAGAGGUGAGAGGCUCUCACUACCUGUGUGUGGACAGCCCACAACCUUCCCAGAUCCUCAUCACUUUCUCCGCUCUGCUUCUCUGGGGAGAUACAGCUGAAGAGAAAAAGGAAAUGUCAGCAGCACGUGGGUCUGCAGUGCUCAUCGCCAGGUCGUACUCCUGGAAAAGCCUGCGGUCUCAGUUGCCAGUUUUCACCAUCAAGACCACCUCCUCAAAGGCAGCCACGCUUAACCUACCCCCAGGGUGCCAUGUGUUGUCCUUCCACAUAAAGGCAGCACUCGGCUACCAUGUUCACCUGUGCAGCAUGACACCUUUCAUCUUUGGGGAUGAAGAAACUAUAAUGUCACACCUCACCAAGGACAGUGCUCGUUUCACUGAGCAGGCCUCGUCCAUCUUGAGGGCCCUAUCCAGAGUGGUGUCUUCCUUCAGCGAUGAGCAGGAUCAGCCAGCAGCCAGAAGAAUGCUAGAAGAGGCUCACUGCCCCCAAAACAUCAACACCACCCGGGGAAAACAUCACAAGCUGUUUAACAAUGCAGUUUAUCACAUGCUGUGUGAAGCGCUGGGCAGGAAGCUGACAGCAGAGGAGCGGUUUGCUAUACUGGCCCUCACAGCUGACCCUUCACUCUUAGCUAUUGACCAUAAACACCACUCCCCUACAUUAGAUGCAGAGUCAAAGCCUCCAGAAAGCUGGAGAGACAGGAAGCCAACAGACAAGGAAAUCGAGGCAGUCACCACUCUGCAAGCUGGAUUCAAAGGGCACUUGGUGCGACAGAUCUUUAAUGCCACGAAACCAGGCACGAAGGAGAACCUCAGUACAUCUAAGAUCCUUUUGGACACGUGGACGAAGGUUCAAUCAGAUGCAGAAAAACAUGCUGCCUUCUUGUUACGGUAUAUCAUUGACAACUCUGAUGGGAAAGAAGAGCUCUACCCCUGUCAGCAAGAUGAAUGGACCAGAAUUAGCAUCGCUGAUUACUCUGUCCCACUUCAAGACACAGCCAACUCCUGGGUCUUGGUCUUUAGAGAGGUGUUCCUGGUUCCUGAGGAGAUGCAGCUGGUACCAAAGGUCUACUCCCCAAUUCCUAAUUGUCUGCUGCACAUUGUAAACAAUGACACAGGAGAGGAGUUGGACAUGGCUGUUAACGAAGCAGGAGCCCAUGUUUGUCAACCAAACAAGCGUGGUUAUACUUUUGUAGCAGAAGCCGUCACACCUGAGUCACCCCGUAAUAGUGCUAAGUGGAGGAUGUGCUUGAUUGGCUCAAGGGAACGCCUUCCAAAGUUGUCCCAUGAGACUCCACUCAACACAUUCUCAGUGAAGGAAAUCCAGGAUUAUUACGUUCCCAAUGACAAAAACCUCAUAUGUCGUUACUUUGUGCAGGUGACAGCAGAAGUCCUAGGAACAAUUCAGUUUCAGACUUCCAAGCCAGACGUAUUGAUCCGUCUGUCCGUUCUGGACCAGGAGAAGGAAGUUGCCAGUUCAAUGGGGAAGGGCCACGUGGUAAUUCCUGUGUUCUUCUUCCUGCCCAACAAAGGCUCGAGUUGCACCGAUGAGAAGAACCAGAAGGGAGUCAAACUAGUAGACACUUCACAGCAAAGAGACGUGGAGGACAGCACAGCUGGGAAAUCAGACUCCUUGUCUGACCAGUCUCAGCCUCCCACAGAGACUAUGGGUCAUAAUUAUGUGGUGCAGGCAGAGGUGCUUUAUAAGAGCUGGGAUUUGGAUGAAUCUCAGCUGGCUUUUGUCCAUAAGCUCAGAGACUUGGAGAAGAAUGAAAUGAGAGUAUAUAAGAUGGACGACUUGAAGCGCUCAUCCACUGACACACCGAGCCAUGACGGACACAAAUCUGACACACCCAAAGGUAACAAGGAGAAGGGGAAGCCAUCUGCCACCUCCAAAUCCAGCUCCAAGCUGGAAACGAGACUCGAUUUGACUAAACCAAACUGGACGCUGCGUGUGGUCAUCGACAAGAGCAAAACAGGAAGCAUCGAGGUGAAGAAGGACACAGAGAGACUGGACCAAAUUAAAGCCAUUAAAAAAGCCUGGGAAAUGGCUGAACCAGGCCGUAGUGCCAAGGCUUCACAGUCUCUUCUCAAGUUUCUUAACCCAGUCCAACAUCAAGCAGGUGAUGAAACGACUACAGAUGAUGCAGAAACCAAAGAGCCAGAUGCUUCCAGAUCAGAUUCUGUCACAUGUCUUAGUCCAUCUAAAGAAAAGCUGACUGGUGCCUUAUGCUCCAGUGCCCCCAUGGACUACACUUCCUUCAUCAGAUUGGUUCAUACAGUAUCUGCAGGACAUUGCUCAUGAGCUCCCGUGUUUAUGACCUUUCCUCCCAUUGGUGCCGUGAACAGCGGUGUUACAGGACAGCACGCUUUGGCUGGCCUGAAAGGGCAUUGCAUGGACUUCAGAGGACAUUUAUGUGUACUGUAUAAUGCGGAGACAUUAAGGACAUGCUCGGUGAAAAAACCCAAAUCCAAAAAUCAAACAGUGUAAUAAAACUAGAAACAUCUAAGUAAUGAUACUGACUUUAAUUAUUUUUACAUCGCAAUUCUAAAAAAACUUGUGUUGUGUCUUGAAACUUAGUGAUUCAUUGUUGUAAGUGAAGUAUACACAUACACUAAAAUAAACAAAGUUAAACAUUAUUCAAUCCACUGUGCGUCUGCUUCGUGGCUGACGCAGCGCACAGUAUGUUGCAGCCAGAAGAUGAAAAUGCAACGGCUCCACAAUUAUGACACCCAGAGCUUUAACUUCAGCAAUCAUUGUGUAAAGAAUUGAACCGCUGUAGUUAUCAAUACACAGUUAGCGUCACAAGGCCCCAUUAGUUUCCUGCUUUUAUGUGUGUUAAGUGUCAACUUUAGACUUGUGUCAGUGUCACUGGUCUGAAGGGAAGAGUCUGCCUCCAUGGUUCCCCUCAGAGUCUCCUAUUAGUCUCCCUCACACCACCUCUCCCUCUGUCCGUCCCUCUCCAUGAUAAAUGAGAUGAUAUUUGGGUCUGUUAAUUAGAGAGCUAUUUCAGGACCCCAACGAGCUCAUCGCUGCAAUGAGACGUGCCCCCUCUCCCAUCACCUCUCCAUCCUCUCCUGCUGUGGGUGUGUGCAUUUGCGUGCACGUGCGGUGCGUCCGUGUCCAGCCGCUAAUGGCUGCUGACACUGUGACCCGUGAUCCGAGCCAAGAGAGAGAUCCUGAGGAGUAGUCUAUUAGGGGACUGAUUAGUCUGCAACACACCUCUUUCUCUCAAAGGUGCACCACAGGGCACAUCAUAGAUUCACACUCAUGCACACACACACACACUCCGGCAUGCCAUCUUUAUAGCAUUUGCACACAUGCUGUUUUACGCAGUGGAAGAGGUUGACCAGGGCACUGUUCAUUAACCAAAUGAACUCCAUCAUGGCCUCCCCUCUUCAUUAAGGUCAUUUUAAAUAAUAGGCAGCCAUAUUAUCACUUUGAAUUCCCUUUGCAUACGUGUCAUUCCCAGUCAUUCUCAUUCUCAGACAAACACACACAUAACUGUCUAACUGCCUUAUUGUGUGUCUCUCUCAUACAUAUCACUGAAGUUUUACUAUCAAUUCUUAACAGACUAUAAUGAAUAUACAACUUGGGUGUGAGAUAAGCUAUUGGACUGUGUGUCUAUCAUUUCCCCUGCCUAUGUCUGUAUUUAUUAUCAACAUUUCCAUUUUUAUUUUUCUUGUCUCAUCUCACAAAAUAGCCUGUAAAUGUGGAGGAAUUUGUUAUUAUUGACCGUAGUAUGAGCUAACAAUGUUUGUUUAAUAUCUGAUCCUCAAAAUACAGGCUACCAAUAUUAAUGGUACAAUAGUACAAUAUUGGUUAGAGACAAUAUAGGAAAGCUGUAAGAAUUAAGGUACAUAUACACGUUGUAUU